AUGGCUGCCGAUACCGAAAGACUCGUCUCGCAAGGCGCUGAACCUGGGAGAGACUCUGAAGAAUUCGAGCUCAAAGAUCGUGCAGCUCAACAUGAGCCGGCAGACCCUAAUGUAUCAAAGUUGUUCAAUCCAACGAAGCAGACAGCACAGCUGGCCAUCGAACAAGGAUGGCGUCUAGCGAUGACAAUUAUCCUUGUUGUUGCGACUGUCGUUGCGUUAAAAGCCUUUCAGCAGCACGGCAACAUCAGCCAUCAAGCGAAGAUUGCCUUCAAUACCAUCAUGACAGUCCUUACCCUCGCACUUGGUCUCAACUUUUUCGAUGCCCUUAAGGAGAUGGCUAAAACCCUGAGGUGGAGGAUCCUAGCCGACCACCCCUUCACCGUGCGCGAGACAGACCUCAUUCUCGGAUCGGAUAGCCUCCCAAGAGUGGGGACCUUGCUACUUGAAUCUUACAAAAAGCCCCUUGUUUUCCUCUGCUGCCUCCUUUGGAUAUUGCUGAACAUUACCGCUCAGGCUGGGGUUGCCGUGAUAAGUUUGACAUAUUCUAUGGACAGCGGCACGAAUACUACAGGCACGUACACUGUCGAUGGCAAAGUACAGACUCCGAAGCUUGAUUGCUAUUCCAAUGGUACGACUUGUCCGGAUAGCGCAGAAACCUCCAUGAAUCGUGCGCAUUCAUAUGGCGUCCUCAGUCGGGAUUUUGAUCCUAGAAACCAAGAAUGCACAUACGCCAACGAUGGUGAUAUUCUAGAUGGCGAUCAGCUAUGCCAAUAUUUCGAGAAGAGGGAUAAUACAGAAUUUGCGUAUCGUUUUUCAGAUUACAACCCAGCAGACAACACCACCGCGUAUCCUUACCUCACCAAGCGAAUCAUCAGGGCCUCACAAGGAAUCUGUUACCUAUACGACCGAGACGGGGGCAAUAUACCAGUCAUAGAUAGUCCGGAUGGUGGUGAUUCUGUGUGGCUGUACAACUUCCACAACGACACCUACCACAACCACAUCUUAGUCCCGAAAUCGUAUUCGGCAUACGAUUCCACAACGUUCAUCUAUAACGGUACAGAAACACCUCAAGAUGAGACGGAACAGGCCUGUGGUGAUCGCUGUCUUUGGAUGUACGCGGUCCGAUCUCUGGGUCCUCUGAGCGGCAACAGGCCCGAACAGAUCUUCGCUUGUCCCAUCACCAUGACCGAAGUCUCAAACCCCAAAGACGAAGCCCACAAUGUCACGAACGAAGUGGCGAGACAAGCCAUAGCAUCGAUUGCGCUUAACGGCCGUUACUCGACUCCUGUGGACCCAGACAAGAAGGACUGGCAUUCGUACCAAAUCUAUCCAUGGGGGUCGCCCUGGGAGACUGAGGGUGUCGAUGCGCAGGGGUUUGGCGCGAUGGUCGCUCAGUUUGCCAUUGGCAGUAUUGCGAACAUGGCCCCGCGCAACGGCCGUAUAGAAGUCCCCGGCAACCUACCAAUACUCGGCUAUCAUCUCUCAAUUCAUUGGCCGUAUGCCAUUACGCUGCUGGCAGUCGUUGCUGGAGUACAUGUUUUGGUAUUUGCACUCAUGCUCUGGUUUGCGCGACCCGUUAUCGUGAUUGAAGAUAGCAACCUUUGCACCGCCAAAGCACUACAAGACGUCGUGGCAAGGAUCGAUGGAGGUAAGGUACUUGAUGGGAAAGAGCUUGCCAAUGCUAUACAGAAAAAAGGGGCAACAAAUAAUGGUAGGACCGUGUACGGGGUGGAUGGCUCAGGAGCGAAAGAUGCGCCGCUUGUGUUGAGCUUUGCAGAGCACAACCUGGUUCGAAGAAAACUGCCAGGAGCAGCGUUCCCUAGAGGCGUGUAUGCUUGA